AUGCAGGUCUAAGAUAGUUAAUAAUUGCAUAGAGUACAAAAUGGUUUCUAAGUAACAAACUGUAGACUGAAUGCUGUCCGAGGUUCUUUUUAACCUUCAUAAGCUUUGAAUACAUAAUAAAACAGCUAGAUAAAUUAGUAAAAUUUAAAUAACUCAUAAAUAUAAUACUCUAAUUCUUGUUCAAGCUAAUAAACUGAAACAUCAUUUCAAACUUCUUCUUAGCCUAAAUAAGCUGAAGUUAAAUCUUUUGAGUAGUUAGAAAGAAUUUAACUAAGCAACUUUAAUGAUUUAGUUGUAAUAAAAUAAGAGCUUUCAAAUAAGUAAAACUGGAAUAGAUAAUUUGAAGCUUUGCAGAUAAUUAGGAGUAUUUUAAAAUAUCAUCCUGAAGAAGUCAACAAUAUUUAUGAGUUUUACGGCGAUAUAAUUGUAUCCAUUUUUUAAUCAAAUAGAACUCUUAUGAUUAAAAGCUGUCUUGCUUUGUUAUCAGAAACGUUUAAUUUAGCAAGAACAUAUCAAUUAAAAGAUGAAAUUAUUCAAGUUUUUAUAAAAUUACUUUUUUAGAAAUUGUAAAAUAAUUGUCUUAAGCCUUUAGAUGAAUGGAUAAAAUAUGUAAUAUAAUGCUUUGCGCAAAAUGUCUUCGAUUAUGAUUCUGCAUAUUUAACUUUAAUAUAAAUCCCAGCAUAAUAAUAAAGUAAAAUUUAAAUACAUGAUAUCCUAGAGUUCCUUCUUGAACAAAAGAAAAAUUCAAUCAAUACUUUAUAAGGAACAACUUUCAUAGCUCUGAUUAGGUUCCUAUCUGAAAACAUAAAAAUGACUACAAAUAAAAAGCUUUAAAGUCCUUCUGUAAAAUUGUGUAUUAGCCUAAUCGAAAAGAUUGGCGAAGAUUCUUUUGUUUAACUAAUCUAGAAUUCACUUAAUAACGAAUAAAUGCAAAAUAUAGUAGAAUCAAUACAAACUUAUAUAAAAUCAAUUAAUACCCAAGCAACUUAACAAAAAAAAUGA